GACUACAUAAUUCUGACGACGUGAAAAGUGACGUGUCGUGUACUUGAUCAUCACAGCAGCUCAGCUCAGUAUAUUCUCCAAAAUGGCCCCAAAGAAUGACGAUGUGGAUGAAUUAUUUGAAAUAAGGAACUCAUUUUACAUCGGGAGCUUCCAGCAAUGUAUCAAUGAAGCCCAAAAAUUGAAGCCUUCAAGCCCAGACUUGGCUCUCGCAAGGGAUGUGUACAUGUACAGAGCGUAUGCUGCUGCUGGUCGUUAUGGAGUGGUACUAGAUGAGUUAUCUAGCGCAUCGUCACUAGAGCUGAAUGCAGUACGCCUCUUUGCUGACUACCUUGCUAACCCAGACAGGAGGGACAAGGUUGUGUCUGAUUUGGAGCGUAAAAUGAGUAGCAGUGUGGAUGCCAACAAUGAUACCUUUCUACUCAUGGCUGGAUCUAUCUACUAUCAUGAACAGAACUACGAUUCAGCCUUGAGAUGUUUACGGCAGUCAGAGUCACUGGAGUGCAUUGCAAUGAGUGUACAGUGCUACCUGAGUUUAGACAAAGUUGAUCUAGCAAAGAAAGAGGUGAAGAAGAUGCAAGAUAAAGAUGAUGAUGCCACUCUGACACAACUAGCACAGGCAUGGUUUAAUCUGGCAGUGGGAGGUGAGAAACUGCAGGAUGCUUUCUAUAUCUUCCAAGAGCUAGCAGACAAGAACUCCUCCACCUCACUCCUCCUCAACGGUCAAGCCUCGGCAUACAUGCAGCAGAACAAGAUGGAUGAUGCAGAGGAUAUCUUACAAGAGGCCAUCAACAAGGAUAGCAACUGUCCAGAGACUCUUAUCAACAUGAUUGUAAUCUCACAACAUAUGGGCAAAGCACCUGAGGUGACCAAUCGCUACCUGACACAACUGAAAGAUUCACAUGCACGGCACCCAUUCGUGAAGGACUAUUUAGAAAAGGAGGCAGAAUUUGACCGCUUGGCUACACAGUACGUCUCCAGCUAGAGGCUCCAAUCUAUGAAUAAUUUCAUUCCAUGAAAAAAAAAAGAACUUUAUUCCUUGUAAAUAGAUUCAUAUAAUGUCCCUCCCUUUCAUUAGAUAGGUCUUCAUGCCUGUAGUACUGUGGUUUAUGAUCUUGGUCUCAUAUUGAAGGUUUAAGGUUCAAAUCUGCAUGCACGGCUCUGCUGCCUGUGCCUUUAGGUCAGGGUUUUUUUAUAAUAAUUUAGAAUUUACGUUGCGGAGUAUUACACUCACAUACCGGGCUAUAGGUACUUUCUGGUAGUUCAGAUCUGGGCCCUGAUGUAUGGAAGUCUACAAUGGAACUUCCUGACAAGCUUGGAUUAUGAGGUUUUGUUUUAAGAAACAAUACCCUUGGUCCCAAUAAUGAAUAGUUUUUUAUUGGCAAUGUUUAACUUGAAAAGAGAAAUACCAACUUGCUUUCUUUCUUGUAGGAGACUGCUGGUCGUUAAAGUAGGUUUAAUAGUAGAAAUAAGGUACAGAUUACUGAUUAACAAUUAUUUUAUUUUGAUUAAUUUAUUUAUGUAUUAAACCUGGACAUACAGAUUUUUGUCUCUAAAGCUGGGUAGAUUUCCUUUGUAUAUUUUUUUUUGGUAUUUUUAUCUCCCUUUGUCAGUUGGAUAAUGGAAUGAGAUGAAAACAAAUCUGAAAAUCAGCACAAUGUUAUUUUACACAUUCAGCCACUUUUCAGACUAGGUCACAUUUGUAAUGAAUGCGCUUUACAUUGUCAAGAUAUGAUAUAUAAAGAUUAGAUCCAAGUAUAUCAUGUGAUGUACACUGUUUCUAUAACAUUAUUUAUGUCUAUUAAAUUGUUGUUGAAACAGAAUCAUGAUCAUAUUUAUAGAAAAGCCCAAUGAAAAAUGUCUCUGUUCACUUCAUGUGAAUAUUUACUGUUAUAAGAACUUAUAUUGUCUGAACAACAUAUAGAUUUGUAUACUGUGUUAUUCCAACAGUAUUUGAGAGAGAGAAACAAGUGAAAGGAGUGAACCGUAAGACCAAAACAUUUGAGAAACUUUCACAAAUGUUCUCAAGAUGAAGCCAUAGAUCUUUUAGGAUUUUCUUGGAUGUUUCUUGCUGUGAAAACAGCUGUUGUUAUCAACUUGUGAGAAUUUUAUUUCCCACAGUUUCGAGAAUGAUACAUGUAAUUUCCAGUUGCAAAAUCUUUUCAAUCAAAGUCUAACUACAACCCAAAAGGGGCUCAUUUUUGUGAAAUCAAGAAGGUCACCUUUAAAUCAAUUUUGGAAAUUCAGAAAACUUCAACAGCAACUUUGAUGAUGCAACUAUGUAGUACUUAUUCCUAUUACAUAGUUCAACAAUGUUGACAUGCUCCUAAGCAGUUGUGAAAUGCAGUUCUCAACAACAUGUUUUUCUUUCUUAAUUGUAUUCUUGACAUAACUCACUGAAUAAAUAAUAUGAUAGCAUUUAUUCA